GUCAAGAGCUUUAACUGUAAAACUAAAAAAAACAAUUUUUUCCUUUCUUAUACUUCUACAUAUUAUACAUUUUGGAACGAACCACGAAAUUAUGACUGGAAAAAUUAAAGUAUUUUUUUUGUUAUUUUGUAUAAUCGUUGGUGAGACUAAAAAAGAAGUUCCUGAUGAAAUUGAAGAUUCCAUCAAGGGUAACAAUAUAUUUGAAGAGGAGGCACACGUUCAGACCAAUGAACAAAUUAGCGAGAAUCAAGACCAUGGACCAUUUAUAGAACAAUGUCAAGACUUAACAGAUGUAAAAACAGGAAAUAACCUUUUCUUGACUACGGAGUCAAAUAAAUACGCACCAGUCGAGGAGCAACCGACACAAUAUUUAGAAAAUGAAUCUAAAAAAAUGAGUUCAUAUGACGUACAAAUGUUUGAAGAAAACCAGACAUUUUACCAAAAGAAAGUCACACAGGAGGUCUACAAUGGGGCAGAAGAAGAAUUUCAUAAGAACGAUUCGGAGCAACAGUUGUUGUAUGGCACACAGACAGAUUUUUGUUGAAAUAUAAAUACAAUAUUUUCAAAAAACCUUUAAUUUCUUGAGUAUUUGUAGUCGUUAACGAAUAUAAUUG